UUGAUCCAGAUUUCUGCUCAUGGUUUCUUACUGAUCAGCCAAGUUGUAAGUCGCGUUCAGUGGGAGGAUAUUUGGCCCCUCUCUCCGUCGCUCCCCGCCAGCCUCCAUCAUGAACUACCUUCGUCGACGACUGUCGGACAGCAAUUUCAUGUCCAACCUCCCCAAUGGCUACAUGACCGACCUCCAGCGGCCCGACCCCCCGCAGCAGAGCCCCGCGGCGUCGCCGGGGCCACCGGAGAGGCGCCAGUCCACCAGCCAGCCACAGACCGGAGGAGGAGGAGGAGGAGGAGGAGGAGGAGGGGGUGGAGGAGGCUCCGGCUUCUUCUCAUCCAUAUCCAAUGCUGUCAAGCAGACCACGGCCGCUGCGGCUGCGACCUUAUCCGAGGCGGCGGACCGGGCGGGGGUCUCCAGCAACGCCAAGAUCCUGCUGGUGCUCGACGACCAGCAGACCGACUGGGUGAAGGUCUUCAGAGGAAGAAAAGUCCAUGGUGAUAUAGACAUCAAGGUGGAACAGGCAGAAUUUUCUGAAAUCAACUUGGUUGCCAAUGCCACUGGCUCCUAUAAUGUGAAUAUGGAAGCAAUCAGAAAUGGACAUAAGGUCACGAAAUCCUUUAAGCCGGACUUCGUGCUGAUCAGACAGCACGCUUUCAGCAUGGACAAGAAUGGAGAUCACCGCAACAUAGUGAUUGGACUGCAGUACGCUGGAGUGCCAAGCGCCAACUCUUUACACUCCGUGUACAAUUUCUGUGACAAACCAUGGGUGUUCGCUCAGAUGUCUCGACUCCACAAGCAGCUGGGCCCAGAGGAGUUUCCAUUGAUUGAGCAGGUUUACUACCCAAACCACAAGGAAAUGAUCACGUCUCCUCGAUUCCCUGUCGUGGUAAAGAUGGGACAUGCCCAUUCAGGAAUGGGAAAGGUGAAAGUGGACAAUCAAUAUGACUUUCAAGAUAUUGCUAGUGUUGUCGCACUGACAAAGACUUACGCCACAUCUGAGCCUUUUAUUGAUGCAAAGUACGAUGUUCGCAUCCAGAAGAUUGGUACCAAUUACAAAGCUUACAUGAGAACGUCCGUUUCUGGAAACUGGAAAACCAACACUGGCUCGUCUAUGCUUGAGCAGGUGGCCAUGUCCGACAAGUACAGAAUGUGGGUGGAUUCUUGUGCUGAUAUUUUUGGAGGAUUGGACAUUUGUGCUGUGGAGGCUCUGCAUGGUAAAGAUGGCAAAGACUACAUUAUAGAGGUUGAUGACUGUUCGAUGCCACUGAUCGGAGACCAGCAGGACGAGGAUCGUGUUCAGAUUGCAGACCUGGUGAUUUCUAAGAUGAACCAGGCUGUCCCGCGCACUCCAAGCUCCACCGCCGUCCGUGCCACGGCGGGGCAGCCGGCCCAGAAAGCCGUUUCUCCUCAGCCUGUCUCACAGCCCAAAGUACCACAGUCUCAACAGCGUCCCUCACCUCAGGGUGGUCCUCAGCAGAGUCCCCCAUCUCAGCAGCGUCCACAGCCACAGGGCCAGCCCCCUGCACAGACCGCCCAGUCUGCUGCCGGCCCCGCUGCCGGUGACUCUGGCGCCCCGGCUAAAGCGAACCAGGGACCCGCGGCCCAACCACGGGCACCGGGCCAAGGUGCUCCUCCGGGUCAGAGACCUGCGUCUGGUCAGGGCUCUCCUCAGCGAAGCCAGGGGGGCUCCCCUCAGGCUCAGCGGCAGCAGUCUGUAACGCAGCAGAAGCCUGCUGCUGGGGCUCAGAAACCUCCACAGCAGAGGCCUGCGCAUCCGCCCAGGCAGCAGUCCCAGGGAGGGUCGCAGCAGCAGAGGGCCCCCGGCCAGCAGCCGGGCCGCCCCGGGCCACCCACCACCCAGCAGCCCCGACCCGCCGCUCAGGGUCAGGGGGGUCCAGGAGGGAGACCCCCGCUGCAGCAGAAGCCUCAGCCCCCACAGAAGCCAAGUCAGGACAACCCGGCUGCAGGCAGCUCUCCACAGCUGAACAAAUCGCAGUCUCUUACCAAUACCUUCAACAUUCCAGAAACCCCAGCCCCACGAGCCAGCCUUAGCCAGGACGAGGUGAAGGCUGAGACCAUACGCAAUCUACGCAAAUCUUUUGCCAGUCUCUUCUCAGAAUGAGGCAGCAUCCGUCCCCGUCCCUCCCCUCCUCCCACCGACUGAAAACUGGACAAGCAAGCA